UAUUCUCCAAGAGUUAAGAGAGAGAAAAGGAGUGUUGUGUUUGUGUGUGUGUAAGUGCGUGUAUGUGAGAGAGAGAGAGAAAGAGAGAACAAGAAACGCUGAUAAACCGGAAUAAGAGGCAAACGGAGGACGAACGUGAUGGUCAAUUUCCCUCAACUCACCUGCAAAACAGUUAAACAUAACCUCAAAACCUUCACUUUCUUCCGUUUUCUUAAUCUUUUCUCAAACCCCAAUUCCGUUAGCUGAUUAUUCGAGCUGGGUUUUUCACUUCAUCUUCUUUAGGGUUUGUUCACUGUUUGUUCUUGAUUAAUCGAACAAUCUGUUAACCGAUCGAUGGAGAAGAUGAUUACAGAUGAGUGGGAUGAUGAAGACGAUCGGAACAUGAUGAUCGGAUCGUCGUCCAGUGAUGGCAAGAUGGUGAUUAAACUCAAGAUUCCGAAGCUUUCAGAUGAAGCUGUAACGGAAGAUGAAGAAUCUCCGGUGAUCGGAAAAAGGGUUUGUGUGGAAUGUAAAAAGGAGUUUAGCUCAGGUAAAGCAUUGGGUGGUCACAUGAGGAUUCACGUUGCUCAAUCUGGUAACAAAAACCCUAGUUUUCUCAAACUUUCAAAACCAAAAAAGUUGUUUAAGAAAACUGGAUAUGAAAACCAAAAUCAAAAACCCUAUUAUAUGAACAGUGUGAAUGAAGAAGGUGAACCCACUUGUUCUUUAUGUGGGAAAACUUUCCCUUCAAUGAAAUCUUUAUUUGGUCACAUGAGAUGUCACCCGGAGCGUCUUUGGAGGGGCAUUUUACCACCGCAAAACACCACCACAACUACCACCACCACCGCCGUACACCGUCGUGGUGGUGAGGUGGUAGAUUUGAUGAAGUGUUUACCCGGGUGGACAGUGAGGGAACGUAGAGGGAGAAAGGCGGUUAAACCGGUUGUUCAUGAUCAUGAUCAUGGUGAUGUUGAUGGUGAUGAUGAUGAGGUUUUGUUGGGAGCAGUUGAGGAUCUUUUGAGUUUAGCUAAUGGCGGUGGUUCGAUGGCUGAAUCGACGAAUAAAAUCGAUGAGAAUUCGCCUUCGGUUGGGAAAGGUAAAGCGGUUGUGAUGGAAGAAGAUGAAGCUGAUAAUGAAUCAGAUGUUAACAAGUACACUAAUGAGCAGUUAUUGGUUAAGUAUAAGAAGAUCAAGAAGAGAAAGAAGAUGAAGCUGAUGAUGGAACUACAACAACAACAAGUGCAAGAACAAGAAGAACAAGAAGGUGUUAUUGAGUGUAAGUACAAAUGUACUACAUGUAACAAAUGUUUUGCAACUCAUCAAGCAUUGGGUGGGCAUAGGUCAAGCCACAACAAGUCAAAGCUAACAUCAACUGAUCAUGAUGAUGAGAGUUUUGUGAUGAUGGUUGAGUCUGGUGAGAAUUUGGAAAAAGGGUUGCACCAUUGCAAGAUUUGCAACAAGGGUUUUGCAACAGGUCAAGCUUUAGGUGGUCACAAAAGGUGUCACUGGGGUGGAACCAAUGAACCAGAAGUUCAAGCUCAAGCUCAAGCUCUAUCUAGCCAGAUUACAUCAGCUGGAGAAGCAGCUAGUCAGACUGGAAGUGGCAAGAAAGUUCUUGAUUUUGAUCUGAAUGAAGUUCCUGAAGAAGAAGAAUCUGCAAAUGGGUAUGGAUAUGGGUAUGGGUAUGCUUCUUCAUCAUACAACUCAAACAUGGGUUAGUGAAUUUAGUGACUAAAAUUAGUUGUUUUUGUUUUGUUGGUAAACUUUGAAGUUUUUGGGUGGUAUUUUGUGUUGAAUUUUUGUUCAUGGUAAAGUUGGAUGGUGAUGAUGAAAUGCAUGGGUGAUUGGAAAGUUCUAAAAUGCCCUUUUUUGUUGGUUUCUUUGGAUGGAUGAUGAUAAUAUGAUGUAAGCAAGAGUCCUAAAUGCAGAUGUACUAGGAAUAUGAUUUUUUUAAAACAAAUCAAUCAAUCAGUCA